AAACCGCUGCGACUCUGUGGCGCCGGCCAGAGCGCAGGAGCUGCCCAGCGGCUGUGGUACUGAAAGUGCCACUCCCGGGAGCUAGCCAGGAGGAGAGGUACUGAAGACCGACCGGAGGCCACCUGGAGGAGUACACAGAAGUCCAAGGAAGCAGCAGUCAGAGGGUUCUGAUCCGGGGGCCACCAGGUUAGCAUGGAUCGUUGAGAGCACCUCCUUCUCCCGCCCUCUGGAUGUCUAGGGAGACUCUCAGAACACAGAUUCAGAGUUCACUCCCGCGACUGCUGCUGAUCGAGAAUCUGGAAAUGGCAAAAACUUACGUGAAGUCCAAGGAGCUGGUGGAGCUGGUCACCGUGCCAUCCUGGAUGGACAAAGGUCUGGGCUCUCAAAAUGAGAUGAAGGAGGAGGAGAGAAGGCAGGGUGCUUAUGGGAUGCUUGGCAGCUUAACUGAAGAGCAUGACAGUGUUGAAGAGGAAGAGGAGGAGGAAGAAGACGGGGAGAAACCUAAAAGAAGGGGUCCCAAGAAAAAGAAGAUGACCAAAGCUCGCCUUGAGAGAUUCAGGGCUCGCAGGGUCAAGGCAAACGCCAGGGAGCGGACCCGGAUGCAUGGCUUGAACGACGCCCUGGACAACCUGAGGAGGGUCAUGCCGUGUUACUCUAAAACCCAAAAGCUUUCCAAGAUAGAGACCCUCAGGUUGGCCAGGAACUACAUCUGGGCUUUGUCUGAAGUCCUGGAGACUGGCCAGACACUUGAGGGCAAGGGCUUCGUGGAGAUGCUCUGUAAAGGCCUCUCCCAGCCCACGAGCAAUCUGGUGGCUGGGUGCCUCCAACUGGGGCCUCAGGCUGUUCUCUUGGAGAAACGGGAGGAGAAAUCGCCGACUUGUGAUUCUGCCAUCUCUGCCCACAACUUCAACUAUCAGUCUCCAGGGCUCCCUAGCCCUCCUUACGGCCAUCUGGAAACACAUCUUCUCCAUCUCAAGCCCCAGGUGUUCAAGAGUCUGGGAGAAUCGCCAUUCGGGGGCCACCCACCCGACUGCAGCACACCCCCUUAUGAGGGGCCACUCACCCCACCACUGAGCAUCAGUGGGAACUUCUCCUUGAAGCAAGAUGGCUCCCCUGACCUGGAAAAAUCUUACAGCUUCAUGCCACAUUACUCAUCCACAAGUCUAAGCUCAGGGCACGUGCAUUCGACUCCAUUUCAGGCUGGUCCCCCCCGCUAUGACGUUCCCAUAGACAUGUCCUAUGAAUCCUACCCUCACCAUGGUAUUGGGGCCCAACUCAAUACCAUUUUCACUGAUUAGGUCAGUAGAAUCGGCACGUUAGAGAAUGAUGUGGAGACGUUUCCCUUAACUGACGUGAUUGAACGAAGAGUCAGUGACUUUAAAGGAAUCCCAUGGAUAUGUAUCCAAGCCCAAUAGUCUUAGUCCAUUUAGACCCUCUUACAUCUACUACUCUCUUUUCUCAUCAACUUCUCACAUUUUAUUGGUUACUUAUUUAGAAUCCUCGGGCAAAAUGAUCUGAUGACUUACAACCAUGUAGGAAUGGAAUAGAACACUCAGACUCCAUACCUGUGUUGCCAAAAAGUUGAAUACUCUAUGCCAACUGAUUUUCCGUUUCCCACAUUUGUUUAUUUAUUAGUAACCUGAGGCAGUUUUUCUAAGUCUGUAUGAUUUCUGAAGUUCUUCACGGUUCUGAAAUUCCACAGCUUUGUUGAUCACUGUUAUAAAUUUCUUGAAACUGAAAGAAUGGAGCCAUAAUAGGAAGUGGAUGCUGUGCAAGGGAUGGUCAAGGGAGCAGAAGGUGUAUGUCACUUGGCUCACAGAAUGCAACAUUUGAACUAAAUAGCAAGACUUCUUAGUGUCUAUUGAAAAGCAGUUUCCAGAGGCUAAGGCUCUCACACGGCUGUUAUUGUGAGUAACAAAGCAUGUUCGUGAUGUGAUUAGCUCUCGUUCUCCUUGGUCUGAAAGUUGAAUUGUGAGCCAUAAUAGAGGCCUCAUGGCAACUUUAUCACAUCCUUGAUAACAUUUCGAAAGCACCUUUUUCAGAACUACAUGUAGGACAAGCAAGGCACUGAAACCUUAAGCUCCUAUGACCAAAUGGGACCUAGAGAAGUCAUUUAGACUGCUCCUGGCCUCCAUAACCAGAGCACUCUGGAAAGCCAGAUAAAGCUCACAUACUGCUCUAAGAAUCAGCACACAGCCUGGGUUCACAUUAAAGAGCAAUAAAAUGGUCACUGGCUAACGAACUACUCCAGUUGAGACUCUCAGCUCACACUUGCCUAUAGGAAAACCACUGCAUUUUCCUUGCCAUGAUCAAUUUCAUCUGGCUAAAUAUAAGUAAAACCACUGACCUCUUCCCAUAGCAAUACAAUUUCCAGAAGUACAAGUGUCAAUCAAAGGAUUGACCAAGUUUGAAUUUUUCCAACACAUACUCAGUUCCUUCCCUGCAUCCCUCACCCCCCAAAAUUGUUACCUCUUCCUCACUUCUCCGAUGUAAUAUGUUAUUAUAUAUGGCGGAUACCACUUCCAGUGAACCAGACUUAAAGAUGUAGACAUGAAAUGCAUGGUCAGUGAAUGCUUUUACCAAUGUAGGUUUCCAUCAGUUUUAUGUGUUAUUUUUUAAGAGAGAGAGAGAGAGAGAGAGAGAGAAAGAGAGAGAUUGCAUCCACUGGUUCACUUUUUUUUUUUUUUUGACAGGCAGAGUGGACAGUGAGAGAGAGAGACAGAGAGAAAGGUUUUCCUUUGCCAUUGGUUCACCCUCCAAUGGCCGCUGUGGCCGGCGCACCGCGCUGAUCCGAAGGCAGGAACCAGGUGCUUCUCCUGGUCUCCCAUGCGGGUGCAGGGCCCAAGUACUUGGGCCAUCCUCCACUGCACUCCCUGGCCACAGCAGAGAGCUGGCCUGGAAGAGGGGCAACCUGGACAGAAUCCAGUGCCCCGACCGGGACUAGAACUUGGUGUGCCGGCGCCGCAAGGCGGAGGAUUAGCCUAGUGAGCCGCGGCGCCGGCCCUGGUUCACUUCUCAAAUGGCUUCCUUCAGUGGUGGCAUGUAGGAGUGAAGCUGGGGGCUGGAACUCAAUCCUGGUCUCUCACCUGGGUGUCAAGAACCCAAUUGCUUGAGCCAUCAUCCUGGUAGCAGGGAGCUAGAGCCAGGAGGCAACCCGUUCCCUCCAGUGUGGAGUGAGUGCAUCUCACCCAGCAUCUUUGCUUGGCUACAUUCCCACCCGUGACCACAGAUUCAACCCAAUCAGCAGCAUCUUUAUCGUGUAGCUCCUCUUUCACUGAUAGGGAUGCUCAUUUUGUCAAAUUGGUCUUUUUCCAGAGAAAUCGAAUCUGAUUAUUAUACUACCUUGCUCAAAUUCUCAGCACAAUUUUUUUAAGUCAAAGCAAGAGCCAAAAAGGCUUAUUUGAUCAUAGAUUAGGUCUGCUUCUUCUGCCAGAGAGGAUGUGUUUAGGGUAUAGCAAUCGGGCCAAUGAGUAAAGUGGAUAUGACAGAUUAAUGUGUCACUUUGAUGGCCCAGCUCGCCCCUAAAAUCAGCCACACUGUAAGUGGAUCUUGUCUUUUUAUACUUUUUAUAAUUUAUUUUCUCCUUGCAGUCUAAUUUUCUUCCCAUCUCACUCGCAGCACUUACUUUGCCGUAUUUUGAAGCCGUGGCUUGUAAAUACACUUCAAAGCAGCCUUGCAGAGGGAUCACAAACCCCAGCAGCCACUGAAAGUGGCUUCCCUCAAUGGUCUGCCCAGAGGCAACAGGCAAGCAGAAUGACUGACAAGGCCACCCCGUGUGCUUUCUGAGAGCUAGUAUCUAGCUUCGUGAUGGGCUGUGGAAGGAUCUAUGGUUGAAGCUAGAAUUUUCUGUCAUUUAAGUUUGUAGAUAAUGAAUGUUGUCUGCAUUAUUUAUUAGAUAUUAUUUAUUUAAUUUAUUUCUCUCUUCCUUUCAUGUAAAUUCUUUGGGCCCUUUCUGAUGUGCCUGCUAACCCUCCCUAAAACUUCCUUUGUAACGUAGCUCAGAAUUUUGCUAGAGUUUUGGGAUGAGGGGAAGGGAUGGAUUUAGUACACAAUUACCUGUAAUGAUCUUAUUUAAAACAGCAAUAUUUUGAAUGGCUAUGCAAGUUAAUGUUUUAGAUAUUUUCUUUCAGUCUAAGCUGAGCCAGAGUUAUUUUGGGGGAAUCUAUUGUUUAUGCCUUUGGGGAGAGUUGUAUCCACGAACCAGCAUUCCCCUGGAUGGCGCAGAAGGAUUUCAAGGUUGAAUUAAAAUGUAGGAGUGCAGUACACAGGGAAAGAACCUACUCUCAGAACUUAGGCGGUCUCAUUCUUCUGCAGGACUUUUUCAGGUAAAGUGAAGCAAUUGUUUAAAUCUUUUGAUUAAGAGAAAGACUGUUUUUCCUCUCCUCCCCCCAUUUUAUAGCAGAAAUAAAGCUGUGAGUCUUGUUA